AUGUCUCUCUCUACCUCCCUCGUUGUUACACGUGUCUUCUCCUCCCCCACCGCCGUGAAACAAAACCUCCUGAAACGCAAACGCGAAGACAAGAUCACUCGAGAUAAACCAAUACCUAUGGCUAAAGAACACGACGAUACUUCUCCAUCGUGGGAGGUUCUAAACGCUAUUAGCUUUUACAUGGACCCGGAGACUCUAGCCAUCGCCUCUUGCGUCUCAACCACGUGGCUAAAGUGUUUCUCCUCCGAGAAUCUAUGGAAAUCUAUCAUGACCGCACGGUCCUCGCAACGCUCUUCUCCAUACGAGAUCGCCUUGGAACACACGGAAGCCAUCGUCUCGUACAAACACUUUGUCUCCGCCGUUGAGAGAGACGCGAAACGUCGACGUAAAGGUCAGCUCGAGGAAGCCGUCAAGAUACCACUCUCUGAUCUCAGCUUCUUCGUCCACGUGUCAACUAAAACAAAGAAUGCUUCGGUUUAUAAAAAAGGUAAAGAACUCGUGUUUGGUUCUAACGACAAGUUUCAGAUAGAAGUUGAUGUAAGCAAGGCUGGUAUCACUAUCGGUGAGGAUGACGUGAGAAUGACGUGGCAAGUUAUGUACAAGGGGAAGUUUGUAACGGUGGCGGAUGCUACUAGAUCGUUGGACACGAAGUAUGGGUGGUUCGUUGACAAGCUUGAGUAUAUGGAUAACCGGAAGCUUGUAGGCGACGUUAAGACGAGUUUUGAUGGUGAUGUUCUUGAGAAGAUUGGGUUUGGGAUAGUGGAUUCGGAUGGUUGGGGAUCUCUGUUGGUUGAUGGGUUUUUGAGAUAUCUUCAGCGGUUUUUGUUGGAAUAA